AUGUCGCCCGACGCUUCCUCCACACAGCAGUCCGGCUCCGGCUCGGCCAAGUUGUCCUCGCAAGACUGCAUCGAACUCGAGCAGAACUUUGCCGCCCACAAGUGAGUGCGCGCGCACAAUAUGAUUGUCUAUUGUAGAGGUCCACUGUCGGUACAGGAGGCUGCUUUACACGUCUUUCGAGCGAGCCGAGCUCGAGCUUCGUCGACGGGACACACAUCACCACGGGAAUCACGUUCGGAAAGUUUAGGGGACAUGCAUCAUCAUCAGUCGCCGCGAGAUGCGUAAUAUCGAGAGUAGUCCUGCAUGGCAUUGUGCAGGUCAUUCUGCGGUACCGAUCUCGGCCCGCGGCCGCACGACACGACACGCUCGGACCGCGUUGGCCCCCCUGAAUCCUGACCCGUGGCCGUGCCCUUCCGAGACCCGUCUCGCUAACCACGGACCGUGCACCUCAUUACUCCCACAGCUACCACCCUCUUCCCAUUGUCUUUGAGAAGGCUGCCGGUGCCCAUGUAUGGGAUCCCGAGGUAAAUCGCAUAUCUGACAGGUCUCCUCGUUCGGUCCGAGCUAAACCCCUCGGCUCGAAAUGACCAUAGGGAAACAAGUACAUCGACUGCCUAAGUGCUUACAGUGCCGUCAACCAAGGUCCGUCACAUCUUUGCACAUGCUACGGGGUGUCCUUCGUGUUCGGCAAGCUGACCCGCGCAUUCAUUGAUUUUGCGCCGGCCAGGUCACUGCCACCCUUACAUCGUCAACGCCUUGACGACCCAGGCUCAAAAACUGACCCUCUCGUCGCGAGCAUUCCACACGAGUUCGUUGGGACCUUUUAGCAAGAAGCUUUGGUGAGUAAAUGACCCCGUAUACGUAUUGCCUACCAUGCUGACCUUGAUGGUGCAAUUGCAGCUCGUUGACCGGCUUCGAGAUGGCUUUGAUGAUGAACACGGGUGCCGAAGCCGUGGAGACCGCGAUCAAGCUCGCCAGGAAGUGGGCCUACAAGGUCGGUACAUGCACAGUGACGCAUUUCUUUCAAUCGAUGCUGACACUGUUGGCGACCGACAGGUCAAGGGUGUCGAGGACGGCAAGGCCAUCGUGCUUAGUGCCGAGGAGAACUUCCAUGGUCGAACGUGAGUUUUCGUCUAGAUAGCACAGCUUGCAUGGGAUAGAUCUGACCCAAUCGUGAUCUCUCUCCCCACUUUCAGUAUUGCCAUCGUCUCCAUGUCCACCGACCCCGAGUCGCGCCGCGAGUUUGGCCCCUUUACGCCCAACCUCGGCCCUCGAUGCCCCGUCGCCAAAGGUGACGCUGGACGAUUGCCUUACAACGAUGUUGCCGCUUUGGAACGCGCCCUCAAUGCUCAUGGCAAGGACGUCGCCGCCUUCAUCGUCGAGCCCAUCCAGGGAGAGGCUGGUAUCGUUGUUCCCGAGGAGGACUACCUUGAAAAGGUCCAGGCCUUGUGCAAGAAGCACAACGUCCUGUUGAUCUGCGACGAAGUGCAAACCGUGAGUCUCAUAACAGUCGGCUUAAAUACAAGGCUUGUCGCUGAUUUCUGGGUCCACGGCAUAGGGUCUCGCACGAACAGGCAAACUCCUCUGCCACCAACACAACCCAAAGGUCAAGCCCGACAUGGUCUUGCUCGGCAAGGCCCUUUCGGGUGGUGUGUACCCCGUCUCGGCGGUGAUCUCGACCAAGGAGGUGAUGCUGCAGAUCCUCCCCGGUGAACACGGUUCGACCUACGGUGGAAACCCUCUUGCAUGUGCCGUCGCCUCGGCCGCGCUCGAUGUGCUCGUCAACGAACAGCUCUCGGAGCGUGCCGAACGCUUGGGCCAGAGGAUGCGCAAAGGGCUCGAAGCGUUGAAGUCCGUCGGCCCCGAUGGAGGGUGGAUCACGACCGUACGAGGCAAAGGUCUUCUCAAUGCCAUCGUCAUCGACCAGACCAAGAGCACCAAGGGUCGCGGCGCAUGGGAUCUGUGCUUGCUCUUCAAGAGCAAGGGUCUGUUAGCCAAGCCGACGCAUGUCAAUAUGUAAGUCACCGCACAAUGUGGAGUUGGAACAAGGUCUCGAAGCUGACCGCGUGAUCUUACUUGGUAGUAUUCGCCUGGCACCCCCAUUGGUGAUCGAGGAGGAGGAUCUCGAGAGGACGUUGCAGAUCAUCAAGGAAUCGCUCGAGGAGCUCGAUACGGUACACCUUGCGUCACUCUUCCGCCAAGGAAGGUGGAUGUCACUUCGAACUAACUCCUCUUCGCUCUCUUGUGUGGUCCACAGAUCGAAUCAAUCCCAGGUGCCGAGGAGUCUCAUCAUUAG